AUGCCCGCGCGGUGGCCGCGGGCCUUGGUUGCCUGCCUGACCGGCUGGGGCUUCAAGGAUUCCACGAUGCGUGAGGACAGGAAGUCGCUGCCGUUCACGAUCGUCGACAGGAACGGGAAGCCCUUCAUCAACGUGGAGGUGAAGGGGGAGGCCAAGGACUGGCAGCCCGAGGAGGUAUCCGCCAUGAUCUUAAAGAAGAUGACGGAGACCGCCGACGAUUACCUUAGCAAGGAGGCCAACCACGCAGUGAGCACCAUGCCAGCGUAUUUCAACGAUGCGCAGAGGCAGUCCACGAAGGACGCGGGCGUCAUCGCCAGGACGAACAUCCUCUGCAUCAUGAACGAGCCCACGGCUGCGGCGGUCGCGUACGGCCUCGACAAGAAAAUUGAGCAGAACAUCCUGCGGUAUGAUCUAGGCGGCGGCUCCUUCGAGGUCAGCCUGAGGGUGGAGCAGGAGCACAGCAAAGAGCACGACGGGCAUCAUGGGCAGCACGACGGCGAGCAGGAGCCCUACGCUCGCAGCGGCAGGCACGACGGCGACGGCGAGUACCAGCUCGGGCAGUGCGACGCCCACGGCCAACUCCACGGCGAGUCCCACGAUUACAGCAUCGUCGACCACAGGCCCGACGCCCCGCCCGACGCCCAGCCGCAGCAGGACGCCUUCCCCUACGCCCUACCUCAGCACGAGGACCGACCCGACGCCCAGCCCCAGCACGACGCCCUACACGACGCCGUUCCCAAGCACGACGCCCUACACGACGCCCUCCCCCAGUCCGACCCCCUUCUCGACGUCCAGUCCCAGCGCGACGCACUCCCCUACGCCCUACUCCACCCCGACGCCAUACCCGACACCCACUCCCAGGACGACGCCCUCCCCUACGCCCUACUCCACCCCGACGACCCACCCGACGCCCAACACCAGCACGACGCCCUACACGACGCCCUACCCAAGCACGACGCCCUACACGCCCUACCCAAGCACGACGCCCUACACGAUGCCCUACCUCAGCCCGGCCCCUCCGGCGAGAGCGUCGGGACCAUCGAACGGCAGUCGGGCAGACUUUGCAGCACGUGCGGGGAGCGCCCCUGCGCGGACGACGCGGGGUUGGCCGUGAUGGAGGUUCUCGGCAACCUCGCGGAAAAACAUGCGGUGAGUAUGAUCAGCACCACGAGCGGCACCAGCAGCACCUCCACGCCCAGCACGCCGGCGAGCACGAGGCUUCGCAGCGACCCGCAGCACCAGACCAGGGUCAGCGCAGUGGAGUGCCCCGCCGCUCCUGACGGGCACCGAGUCUCGCAGGCGGAGUUGUUCUACCUCUUCCACGUGCGGUCCUGCGCAGCACAGGCCUCGGGUGCGCGGGGCUCGACAUCAAGCCCAGGCUGCAUGCCAGACGUGCACGCUCCAUGGCCACAGGCCCCGGGCGGCGCCGAGCGGAUGUUGGAAGGCCAGCCGCCAGAACAGGGCGGCCCGCCGCCGCCGCCAGACCCACACCCGCAGCCCCGAGGCCGGGACGCCCUGGUGACGACGUGGGCGGUGGACACCAUGCGCUCCCGCCGGGGCUGCCUCUGCCGAGCGAGCCUGUGCCGGGGCCCCAUAGAGAAGGGCGAGCUCCGAGCUUUCAGCCCAGCGCUGGCUAACCCUCAGUUCUUCCACCUGCGGUGCAUCGAAGGGGGCUUGGGGCCCUACGGGCAGGUGCAGGGCACAGCGGCGCUGACGCCCGAACAACAGGACGAGACGCGGGACUGGUGCGACCGGCCCGGAAGGCCCUCCAGAGCAGAGUACUUGGCGGACGUCCGCCGGGCAAAGAGGGCGAGAAUGGACCCCGGGCAACAGGCCCAGGCGGCAGCGCUGGGCUGGACGCUGCUGCGGUGGCAGCAGCCCGACCUGCACGGCGCGCGGCUCGUGGCCGCGCGGGUGGCCGUGACGCCAGGACCUGGCACCACCCAGCUCGGCCUGAGCGCGUUUCCCGCGUUCGAGGUGGAGGUGCCCGCGCCAGUCGGCCACAUCAUCAACAUCUCCGGCACCUGGGGGGACGCAGCAAGGGGGGGAAUUUCCACGAGGUCCUCGCAGCCCAUCGUGCUCGGCAGCUACUGCGUCACCACCACGGCGACGGUCAUCUCGCCAGUAUGGGUGCUGGCGGCGGCGGCAGAGGCGGGCCGCGCUCGAGGCUUCCGUCCAGGCCAUCGUCGCGAGCGCCCUCAAUCCAGUGGUCGCUCACAGGGCGGAGAGCUUUGGCGCUGCUCUCAGCCAGACUGCCGCUGUGCGAAGAACCAGGAGAACUGGCGUUGGUGCAAGCACUGCGGCACGGAGCGCGACGGCGGUUCAUCGAAGCCACCCUGGGCGCGCGAUCGUCCUCCCCGCGGUGCUGGCGGUGCUGGCGGCAAGCAGCUUCCUGACCUCGGGGUCGACGCCAUGCAGGCCUUGGUGGCUUUCGCCGAGUCCAAGGGUGGCAAGGGGAUGGCCGAGAAGCAUCGUGCGGCCAUCAAAGCCAAGUCCCAACCCUCAGGCCCAGCUUCUGUGUCCAAGGAGGAGUUGCAAUCCAUGGUCAAGAUGGCUGAGAAAUCUGGAGACGAGGCCACUGCGAAGAAGUACGAGCUGCUACUCGACCAGGUCGACAAGCCUGCCGAGGGCAAGAAGACGGCCAAGGGCAAGCUGGAGGCUGAGCGCACGGUGCUUGGUAACUUGAUCGAGCAGGUGGAGACCCGGCGAAAGUUGGUCGCGGAGCUGGAUGCGGCCGAAGCCGAGUACAAGAUGGCGGUGUCGGAGGUUGUUGCUGACGUGUGCGCGGCCGAGCAGGCAGCCACAACUGGUACCGCUCAGCCCGUCAAGCUCUCGUUGUCGAAGCUCAUGGACGGUGAGUUGGACAACCUCGUGCUGGACGAUGACGGACUUUUCGGUUGCCAGCAGUUCGAGGAGCUGGGGCAGGAGACUUACGACGAGGGUCAGAACUGGUAA